AUGCUAGAUUGGCCAUUCUCUGAUGUUUGCUCUACAGUGUCGUGCUGGGCACUCUUGUUCUCUGUGAUCCUUCCCUCCAUGCAGGGCUUAGGAACGGAGGUCACUGCCAGGACUUUAUUCGCAUCGCACCUCUCUUCUUCUCUCCUCCACGUCAAUACUCAGCAACCACAGGGGCAACACCAUCAUAUUCAACAACAGCAUCUUCAUUAUCAUUCUCAACAUCAUCAAGACUAUUCAUCGCUACAAUCACAGCAGAUGUUUUCUCUGACUUUCUACCUUCGAACAAACUCCAAUGAGAUGAUUUCUCUCUCACUCCUUGCCAAUCUCUUUGUGCCAUUAUUAUCGACCCGAGAACGCUGGCUGUUGCAUAGUGCCAUUAUUGAGGAUCAAGCAGCAUCAUACAUUGAUCAUCAGCAGAGGCAGGACAAGCAGACGAAACAGAAGCAACAGAAACAGAAGCCAGAAAAAAGAGGCAUGAGCGGAGGCGCUUAUGAACCUAUUAGUAAGGACGUUAAGAAGCUCGUAUUAGAAUUUGAAACUACAGCAGGACAACGAGUGGAAUCCCCAAAAACAAUCGACCUUCAUGAUCCAACAUUUGUUCCAUAUCAUAAAGAGCAGGCACCAAUUGUGGUGGAAAAUACACAUGUGGAGGAAGAGAGAGUUCGAUUUAACGCUUCAAUGAGUCAUGUGGACGCCGAUGACGACCCGUUUGCUCAUGAGGCAAUACAGCUAAUACCUACAGUGAAUGAAAAGGGCAAAGAUCCAUGGCAAACGGAGAGCCUGUUUAGGCUGCUGUCACCAUCACUUUCAUCCCUAUUAUCGCUGUCGCUAAUAGCGUUGAUUAAAGAUAAUAAAAAAGAAUUGGUAACGAUUAUUCAAAAGUAUUGGGGUGAACUCAAUGUACUUUACAGGAUUCAAAUGCAGUCGGAAGAGCAAUUGAGUGAUAAAAUUAUUGGUCAUGGUUAUCUGGAGCAGAAAAUUCAAACAGGUGCUGUAGAAGGUGUUCGAAAAGGGCGCAUCACAAUAUACAAGAGACACAAAAACAGCAACGGCGAGGCAUCAACAUCUAUUGAGUACAACCAUGGUGACAGUGAUCUACAACCUCUAGUGCGAUUCCAUCUGCCUACGUCUAUGCCUACAAUGUCUCGCCAAUGGAUUGCAUUGACGCCUUGCGCGCCCAGAAAGACUUUUGAUCAUACAGUUCUUCAUUUGGCUGCCUCUGCUAUCCUCUUCUAUCCAACUUUGGGAGUCAGUUGCAAGGAUGAACCGAUCGCUUCUCAAGACCAUUCCGCUUCGCUUUUUACCUUGGAUCAUGAUGCAGCUGAGUAA